AUGGGCCCCAUGGGCGAUGGACAUAGAGUCUCAAAGCGACGUGCUGCGAAUGGAAACAGGCCAACCAGCCUAAAACGACUUGUGACAUGCAGGCCCAGUGAUAAGGGCUCGCAAUUAUCGGAGGAGGACCUAUUUAAGCUUCUAAUCCAUCGGAUGAGGAUUCGUGAAGAAAACGAGCUUGCUGCUUCAGGUAUACAGAAGCAAAUGCAGGCCCAUAUCUCCGAGCUGGCAGAAGAGAACGAAGUUCUCAAGAGCCAUGUAGGGAUUCUCAAUACUGAAGUGCAGAAAAGCCAAUCUCAGAUCAAGACACAUAGAGCGCAAAUAGAGAGCUGGAAACAAAAGCUCGGAAAGUUCAAAGUUUUUCUAAAUGAGCUUGGCGCAGAAUAUCAAAACCUUCGCAAGGAGAACCUUCGACUCAAAGAUAUCAAAGAUUCUCUGGAUAAUGAAGGGAAAGAGAUCAAGUCUGAGAUUGAAGAUGCGAAACGACGAGUCUCACAAGUGGUCGAUAUUGUGAAUGAGAAAAGGAAACAUCUUUCUGAAACAGAGAAUAUGAUAACCUCUAUGGCCCUAGGCUUGCGAAAUGCGGAGGAGAGAACCAAGUUUAUCGAACAUCAGCUUUUCGAGGAAAAGAGACGGUCGUCGAUCUUGGAGUCGUACAUUCAAAGCAGCUCGCGUGUCCAAGCAAAGCAGUUAGGGCUCAUCCGAACCGACCAGUUGGAAAUGAAAAGUACAAUCAAGUCUGCUUCAGAUAAGUUGAGUCAAAAACUGGAUGCCUCUCAAACGGAAACACUGUCAACGCUACGCUCGACACUCGAGAACUGGGCAUUGCUUGUUAAGGAGGUAAAAGCUGAGCUCUUGAAGGACAAAGCAGAUGUUCAACAAUGCAGCGAAAUUGCUAGCAAAGUCUCUUCGUGUAUGGAAACGUUCGAACUCCAGCUGAGGAACGGUAUCGAGAGAAGCUGCGAGCUCAACGAAAAAAUGGCAUGUAACAUCAAUGCACAGCUAAAGUUGGCUGAAGGAAACGAUAGCUAUGAAUCACGGCUUCUUAAACAGCUCAGCAUCAGCCAAGAGCAGUAUGAAGUCCUGCUUAGGAAGGUCGGCGAGCUAGAGCCGAGCAUCCACAGAUUCAGUUCUACUGUCACUGAUCUGGAGGAGAAGGAGAAUUGUCUUGCUCAGAAAAUUGAUCACUUCGGGAAUACUCUCUCUGAAGCACGAAUUUUAGAUAGAGUGGGAAUCCCAGCAACAGAUAUCGACGACUUUUCGGCUGAAAACUCUGCGCUUAAUAGUCAGAUCCAGCAUCUAUCAGCAGAAUUAAGCUCAAUGGAAGAAGACGUUAGAACCAAAGAGCUCGAAAAUGAAGAGACGAAGCGCAGCCUGAUUGAAGCGGAAGCGCGACUCCAAGAAGCUGAAAAGCGAGCAGCCAAUCUUGAAUCUGACCUCGUUGCUUCAAAAGAGAAAAUCGAAUCAAUUGAAUCUGAGAUCCGCGAGGAAUUGAACCGAGCGAGUGUCAUAUCCAGGGAUCAAACCAGAGCGAGAUUUGAACAACAAAUCCAUAAAUUGUUACGGGAGAAAGCCGAGGCAGAGAAAGAUAUGGAUGAGCUUAAGCAGCAGCUGUCCGAAGCCAGGACGUCAAUUGUUGAAGGUGCCGAUGAAGCGAAAAGGAGGCAAGGCGAAUUGGAGGCAAUGCUUCUGACAAGGGAGCGGCACAUUCAAAGCCUGGAGGACUCUCGUGUGCAGGAUGCCGUUCGAUUGAAUGAACAAAAAGAGGAAAUAAAGUUACUUCACCAAUCAGAAGCUUCUGCUGCAGUGAAACAUGGCUCACUUGCCCAAGAACUUGAUGAAGCAAGGAAGAAGGUUGUCGAACUCAAUGGUGUGAUAUCUUCGCGGGAUAUUGAAGUCGAGAACCAACAGAGCAAGCUGGAUUCGUUCCAGGAUGCUCUUUUGAAGAAAGAGGAUGAGUGCUCCCAGAUGCGAAAAGACCUUGAUGAUGUCAAUUCAGCCAAAUCGAAUCUGGAGGCAGGUAAGGCCAAGGCGAAAGCCGAAAUACACGCCCUUCUCAAAAGACUGCAAGACUCCGAACGAUGGAUGAAGGGCAUCAAAGAGGCGAUCAGUCAAUCUAGCAGUUCAUCAGGUGCUUCAGUGGAAGGACUACCCGCAAGUACUUGGGGUCGACUCCAAGAUUACCUCGGCUUUCCAGAUUCGAACACUCCAAGCUUGGAUGAGAUGAACAAUUUGCAGAAUGCUAUUGUUGCUGGCAAUGACGAUAUUGCAAAUAAGACCCAGGCGUCUUCAGCCUCAAAUAAGGUCUGUGAAACUCCAGUACGGGGUUUGGUUCAACGGACAGAAUUCAUAUACCGGACACAAAGCAUCCAGAGUGGACCGUUGUCAACCCCAGGUCAGCAUCAAACCAAUAUUGAAGCAUCGAAUAGCGCCAGUCAGCCUGCGGAGCCAGGGCCAUCGAAUGAGAUUAUGCCAUUCUCAAGCAUACGGCAGCAGGCGUCACCGGCACUUGGCUCCUCUUUAAGCCCAGAACCUAGCGAUCUGGCCGAUAUGUUAAGCUUUACACCACCGCAGACCAAACUCGAUGGGUGCAAUCCGAUCGUCGUGGAGACGCCUAGACAAGAAGACAGAAACACCAUUUUAACAUCCUCGCCCAAGGAUCACCAGCCCCGAAUGAGCAAUCAGAGUUCGCCGAAGACACAGCAAGAAUUACUAGCCUUGGAUACUGCUACUGGUUCCGCGAACGCGGAGGGCCAAAAAAUGGUCACGUUUGAGGCAGAUGACCAAGAUAUUGGAGGUGAGAAGCGCAAGUUCUCGGCAGUUCUAGACAGCCAGUCUGAAAGCAGGAUGGUGAAGAGACAAGUCAUUGAAGGCUCCGAACGCACGGCGAGACGAACUUACAGCAAACUUCAGCGCUCUUCUUUUAAAGGUGUGAGAGGCUCAACCCAAUCGAACAUUUCUUCGGUGGGUGAGGCUCCUAACAGGGACAACCAUUCUGAUAAUCAAUACACGAGUAACGACAAGAGACCACGAGUGUCCAUGGUAUCGUCAUAUACCAGGACCAGAAAGCAGGCACAAGGUACCUCUGAGUACUUUGAACCCAGGGGAAGCCCCACAAGUCUAGGCUCUGGAAGCAGUCGGCAGCCCUCUGCGAAUGGAAACCAUCCAAAGAACAAUAGAUGGGGCCGAAGCGCAAAGCGCGGCGGGCGGAAGACUCGUGGUAAGUUAGACUCAGCAAAAGAAGGUUACAUGGUUACUGAUAAGCACAGGUGA